CGUCCUCCAUUUUUGGUGGGUCACCACCAUCUUUGAUCCCAAAUCCCCAAAAUCAAGACUUGCUGUUUUGAUUAUGAUCGCUAAAUCCAUUCGGGUAACACGACAGGAGAUUUCUAGUUACCCUCACCACACCUUCCAUCAUAAUUUAUGCCAUUUCGUAAUCUCUCAUAAAUUCUUUCACCAAUCUUUGUAUCUUUCCCCAAAACCCAUCUCUAAAUUCACGUUUUUUCCUCCCCAACACUCGAAAAAUCCGAUCUUUGAUCGUGGGUUUCAAUCUUUUUUCCGUUUCAAGCAAUCUUUAUUCAAUUUUGGGGGAAUUAGGGUGUGAACAUGGUGUUUUUAUGUUCAAUUCUUUAAGCAAUGUAGAAGAAAUUGAGUGUGUUUUUGAUCAUCGGUUGUUUGUGGGUUUUGUGUUGGUUUUUGGAACAAAUACACCAUGAGAUUCUUUAGCCUUAUGGGCAAUUCUUUUGGGUGCUCUGCAUCUGGUGAGAGACUUGUGUCUGCUGCAAGAGAUGGUGAUGUUCAAGAGGCUAAAGCUUUGUUGGAAUAUAACCCUAGACUUGCUAGAUAUUCCACUUUUGGUGUUAGGAAUUCACCCCUUCAUUACUCUGCAGCUCAAGGUCACCAUGAGAUUGUUUCACUUUUGGUUGAAUCUGGGGUUGAUAUUAAUCUCCGAAACUAUCGCGGGCAGACUGCUUUGAUGCAAGCUUGUCAAUAUGGUCACUGGGAGGUUGUUCUGACUUUGAUUCUCUACAAAGCAAAUAUUCAUAAGGCUGAUUAUUUAAACGGAGGUACUGCGUUGCAUUUGGCCGCUCUUAAUGGACAUUCACGAUGCAUUCGAAUCCUUCUCGCUGAUUAUAUCCCUAGUGUUGCUAAUUUUUAUAACUUUGUUAACAAAAGAUCCGGAAUCGAAGAGUCCGUAUCGGAGUUUGAUGAAGGAUCGCUUUACGAAACGAUUAAUAGACCCGCUGAUGGAGGUGUGACGGCUCUCCAUAUGGCUGCAUUAAACGGUCAUGUUGAUAGCGUACAGUUACUCGUUGAUUUGGGUGCUUCUGUCAAUGAAGUUACCGUGGAUGCUGGCGCUACAAUUGACUUGAUUGGUGCUGGUAGCACACCCCUUCAUUACGCUGCGUGUGGUGGAAAUGCGCAAUGUUGUCAAUAUCUGAUAUCCAGGGGAGCGAGCCUAACAGCCGAAAAUGCAAAAGGGUGGACCCCAUUGGCGGUUGCUCGUUCUUGGAAUAGAGAUUGGCUUGAGGAAGUCUUGGUUGAACAACAACAAGUCGAGGAACCAACUUCGUCUCCGUACUUGUGUCUUCCGCUUAUGAGUGUUGUCAGGAUUGCUAGAGAGUGCGGAUGGAGCGACGAUUCACUUUCCUUAUGUGCGGAUCCUUGUGCUGUUUGUUUGGAAAACAAGUGUGCCAUUGCUGCAGAAGGUUGUUUUCAUGAAUUCUGCACUCGUUGUGCGUUAUACCUUUGUUCCACAAGCACCGCCUCAAACGCCGCCCAAGGGCCGCCAGGAUCGAUCCCCUGCCCUCUUUGCCGCCAAGGGAUAGUCUCGUUCAAGAAGCUUCCAGGAACCCGAGCAAUACUUGGGAUGUCACGGACAAGUUUGCCGCUAUCAUUUUUCACAUGUACUUCUUUAACCGAUGAUACCGAUAACAUUGCACUUGAUACAACGCCCUUAUGCAAGCCUGAGUUCCCGUCACCACUUAGAUCUUUGAGCUGCCAGAAGUUUCCGUCGAUGAAACUGAGUUCGAGUCUUUGCAUGGGAGCUUCAGACACGAGCCCAUCUUUGUCCAGAUCGUCGGUUGACAGUGGUCGGUAUUCGAGAUCGAGUUUUCGCAGGUCGAAUUCACAUUCGGAUAGUAGAAGAUCAUGGCUGUGUUCAUUGAAUCAAUCACUAGAAACUGGCUAAUAAUGAAACUCAAGAAUAAAUGAUAAAAAGAGAGAAGAAAUGUGAAAAUAUGAGAAUAUAUACCUUUUUUUUUUUAUAAAUCUUAGAUUUUGAAUGAUGGGUUUGAACUUUUGGUUUGGUUUUUUGAAAAAAAAAAAAAGAAACUGAAAAUAUCAAAUUGUUAGAUUUUUUAUUUUAUUUUAAUGUUAUUGGUGAAUUUAAAAUUAUAAUUCACUUCUUUUGUGAUU